UUGAAGAGUCGGUUCUGGAGAUGAGAUGUACGAUUAUACUGGCGGUGCUGGUCAGCCUGGCGUACAGCACUUGCUUCUUUAACGGAGAGAUGUGCGAUCAGAAAUACGGUUGUAGCUACGGCUGUUACAAUCAAAAGUGCUGGAAGCAGUGUAACAGACACCCGGGCAACCUGUGGACUAAACCGGAGACUCACUGUUCGGACAGGUAUUCCUGGAAGAAGGAGUGGUGCUUCAUUAAAGGCAAAGACGGUCCGAGGAAAAAAAGUAGAGUUUCCUGCUUUGAAAACGAAGACUGUAAAGAUUAUGGAGCAACGCCGCCCUGUGGUAGUUACUGCAUCGGCAUGUGAUUACACUGUCAGAUUGUACAACCAAGACUCAUUUAACUGUACUUCUGUCUUAUUUUAAUAUUUUGUUUAUCAUAAUUUAGCCAAGUAAUUGGUAAACAGUUUUACUAACUAGUUAAUUAACCAA